UAUGAAAUUAAAAUUCUCCACGUUAUGUUGUAAGUUAUACUUUUGUCGCGAGAUGGCAUCCACAUCGCCUUAUUUCUUUAAUAAAACUAAUAUUCCACCGCGGAUCGGCUACUUCAAAUCGGUGAUUGUAUUCGGAGAUCAUUCCUGGUUUGACGUGUUUUUACCAAUGACUGACAGUUACAUUGAAUUCGGCCACUACAAAAACAUGAAAUCGGUGGAAAUAUCCUACAAGGGUCGUAAAAUUCUGUUGUACAGUUUUGGAUUUGGAUUUGUAGAUUUAAACCGCGUUGUUACGGAGUCUUGGUUCCUAGGCGCCUCAAAUAUGAUAUUUUUAAAUUUCUCAAUCCCGUUACUACCCUCAAGUCAAAUCAAGGACAAGGACAUAUUCACUAUAUACGCAUCUUGCAGGAAUGAAAAUGGAACUUUCAUAGAGGUAGAUUACAGGUACCCGGCAGUGGCCCAUCCCACAAUUGUUAGGGCCCUGAGAACUUCAUCGGAAACGCUGGGAUACACACUAAAACCACAAAAAUCAGUGGUAGUGGACGGUUAUUACGAGAAAAAGGUUAAAAGGCCUUCACUCCUAGACGAGAUUGUUCAAACUGAUGUCGAGUUACAAGACUGGGAUUCCUCUAACAUGUUGGUGUACUCAAGUCUCCGUAACGUCAAAAGCGGAAUACUGACCUGUGUUGGUCUGAAGCCGAAUCUAGUAAAUAUGUACGACGAAUUUUCAGACUUUUCACAAUACCACGAACAGAUGAAUCUAAUGGCAAAAAUCGCCCUGGAGGCCUGCGUAUUAGUUGAACCUGCCGUAAAUUAAGUUUUUAUCUUUAACUCUGUAAAUUAAAUU